UAUAUGCAGGAAAUGGCCGACAGUUCACCUGCGGCUUUGUUCGUGAUAUGAACCCGUACAUGAGAAUGUCUCCUGUUAUUAUUUCUCGUGAAAGUGGAAAUCGACGCUGUAGAUAUAUUUCCAUUCAUAAACAAAUUGUUAAUUUUGCCUGAUACAUAUACAAUUUAACGCAAUGGAGUAGAUCUAACUGUAAAGUGAACAGUGAAACUCCGUGUUUCAAUAGAAUAUAAUGAAAGGUAAAGGCAAAGGCAUGCAGGAAUCAAAGGGAGAUUGCUGUCCUCUACAAUUCCCAGACCUUCAGCCUGUUGACCAUACUAAAGACUGUCCAAAGCUUACUAAUGUUCUAGAGAGGAGUGAGGAGGAUGGGGUGAAUAUUGAUGAGAUGAGCAGUAUCCAGACUGACCUGGAAACACUGCUGGCGGCUGCAGGCAAGAGGCUGAAGCUAUUGGAGAGUGAGAUACAGACCCUGGUUAACUGGCAGGAUAAGAAGGAUAAGAAGCCCACACCAGGCAAACAGCAACCAGAGACUCCCACAUCUGGCAAGCGGGGAAAGGGCGGUGGCGAGGACAAGCCCAGCAAAAAGUUCAAAGACAGUAAUGGCAAAGGUUCAAGUGUUACCCCACCCCCACCGAGCAGACCCAAGAGCAAGGUCGCACAGUCCAAGAAUCAGGAAUUUGAUUUUGUGGACUCUCCAGCCGAUUUGCCCAAACUGCCAAAGAAUGAUGCUGUGAACCGCUUCUGGGUGUCGGUUGAGCCUUACUGUGCAGAGAUCUCAAAUGAGGAUUUGAAAUUACUGGAGGAAAUACUGAAGUCACAUGAGGACGAGUGUGAAUACUACAAGAUCCCCGCCCUGGGCAAACACUACGCCGAGAAGUGGGCGGAGGAGGACCUCAAGGAGGAGCAGCGAGAUGGUGCUAAGAUCAAUGACAAGAAGCGAAACUCCAACUCCAAUCACAACAACUCUGUCAUGAGUCCCACUGAAACAGCCACAUUGCUCAAGAAGGCAGAAGCAAAUAACCUGGAUGAGUCCCCGUUCGGACACCUGACCCAGCGCCUGGUGGCUGCGCUGAUUGAGGAGAACAUCAUGACCCCUAUAGAUGACUCCCUGGCGGACAUUGCAGGGGGCAAAGAGUCGGCUGAGGAGGCGCCCGCCAUCUCCCCACGCAUGCUGGCCAAACAGCUGAACAUUGUCAACCCAGCCCACUUAGAGAGGAGGAUUAAACGAGAACUAGAGGAACAAGGUUUAAUAGAGAUAGAUGACAAAGUGGAAGACAACCCAGAUGAUGAGAUACUUGCGGAGCUGCGUCGCAAGCAACAGGAACUGAAGGCAUUGAGCCAGCGAAAUGUAACUAUCACCAAAACACUGUACAAGCUUGCCAAGGAAGAGAUGGCAAGACAGGAGAUGAGAAAGAAGCUGUCAGCAGCUGAUGCAGAGGUGAUGGAAGCCUACCGAAAGAUUCAGGCAGCUAAACAGAAGAAGAAAACACCAACAAAAAAGGAAAAAGAUGGAGCACAGAAAGCUUUGAAGGAGAGGGAUGCAAUAUUGAAAGCCCUUGAAGUGUGAACAUGGACAUUGUGUUACUCAACUUUACAGCAAGGAUGAGGAAUGAUUCCUCUGCUUUCCGAUUGCAUCGCAAUGGAUCAACUUGACUGCCAUAAAUGAAUAUUACAUGAGGGAUGAUUCAGCUGCGUCAGGACUUACCCAUGGUGUUGGCGAGUUGUUUCAACAUAGUGUCUGUGACAUCAAGGAAGUACUCUGGCUGUAUAUGCCUCUCAGAGAAAGUGAUGCAUUAGCAUAACCAUGAAACCUGAUGAUGGGAAUCAGUCCUAUUACAGUGAAAAUGUGUACAUACAUUUUACCGCAGUACUUGCAGGUGCAGCUCAGUUUGGUUGGUAGAUUAUUUGUUUUCAUUACCUACCAGUCAGGUGUUUUUUUUUAGCUCAUAAGGGUGUUUGUGUGUGUACAAUGUCUUGUAUUAAUCAUGCUAUGUUCUACUGUAAGGAGUGGAUGGCUUGUAUGAGGACUAAUUGUGUUUGUAUGACUGGAAUUGUGUAAAUAAAUGGACUAUCAUACACAUGA